AUGUAUUUAAAUUUCAGUGCUUAUGAAGUUCCAGCUUACGGAUCAACAGCUACUGAUAAUGAAUUAGAAGAAUUUCAUUGUCAUAGUGAGGAAGAUGAACAGCCUAAAACUGAUCAACAAGCAAUCAGAAUCCUUUGGGCUUCUGCAGUUAUAUGUCUAAUUUUUAUUAUCUGUGAAGUGAUCGGAGGUUAUUUGGCUCAGUCACUUGCGAUUGUUACAGAUGCUGCACAUUUGGGAAAUGUUAAAUUGCAGUUGACCGAUUUUGCGAGUAUGUUAGUUUCACUUUUUGCUCUUUACAUGUCGAAAAGACCAGCGUCACAACGCAUGAGCUUUGGAUGGCAUCGUGCUGAAGUGAUGGGUGCAUUUAUUUCGGUAUUUAUGAUUUGGAUAAUUACUGGAAUAUUAGUUUAUAUGGCUACUGAUCGCAUUAUCAGCAAUUCAUAUCAUAUUGAUGCUUCUAUUAUGGCAAUUACUGCUGCUUUAGGAGUUUUGCAAUUAAAUGGUAGUAUGGCGACAUUACUUUACUUUGGUGGACAUAGUCAUUCUCAUAGUGGUCAUUCCCAUGCUACAAGUUCACAUAAUAAAGCAAAUAUUAACGUACGUGCAGCAAUGAUUCACGUUAUUGGCGAUUUAUUGCAAAGUGUUGGCGUACUUAUUGCAGCGCUACUCAUUUUCUACAAUAAAAAAUGGUCGAUAGCUGAUCCUAUUUGCACAAUUAUUUUUUCGAUAAUUGUUCUCUGUACGACAAUUUAUAUAAUUCGCGAUGCGAUGGUUGUACUUCUUGAAGGUUCACCAUCUAAUAUCAAUUUUCAUACGGUAUUUGAUUCUUUGGAAUGUAUCGAAGGUGUUAAAAAAGUUCACAAUUUACGGAUUUGGUCAUUAACACUUGAUAAAAUAGCAAUCAGUGUACACCUGGAAAUCGCACCUGGCGCUAAUGCUCCUUGGAUACUCAAGAGAACAACUCAAAUGUUACGUGAUCAGUACAAUGUUAUAGAAAGUACUGUACAAAUUGAAGGAUAUAAUCCUGAAAAACAAGACUGUAAUCGAUGUAUACCGCCACCGUGA